AUGGCACAUUUUGUUGAAAUUCCUAAUGGAGCUCAGAUCCUAAAAGGAGAUCUAGAAAUGAAGAGACAAACAAUGGGUAAGCUGAGCUUGCUCAUGCAGGACCUCCUGUCGGCAGUAAAGAAUAAAGCAGUGGCUCAAAAGCUGGAUGGUCGGCUGGAAAAUUUUGCCCAGCGUUGGGAUAGGCUUGUACAGAAGCUGGAGAGCAAUUCUAAGCAGAUUUCACAGGCUGUCACCGCCACUCAGACAUCACUAACACAGACAACUGUAAUGGAAACUGUAACUAUGGUGACCAGCAGAGAACAAAUCCUGGUUAAGCAUGCUAAAGAAGAACUCCCACCACCUCCACCACACAAGAAGAGGCAGAUCCUAGUGGAUUCAGAAAUUAGGAAGAGGUUUGACGUCGAUACAACAGAGCUACACAGUUGGAUGACCCGCUCAGAAGCUGUACUUCAGAGCCCCGAGUUUGCAAUAUGUAGAAAAGAAGGCAACCUGUCAGACCUCAGAGAAAGAGUCAAUGCCAUCGAGCGAGAAAAGUCUGAGAAGUACAGGAAACUGCAAGACACCAGCAGAUCAGCGGAGGCCUUGGUGGAACAGAUGGUGAAUGAGGGUCUUAAUGCUGACAACAUCAAACAAGCCUCAGAGCAGUUGAACAGUCGCUGGAUUGAAUUCUGUCAGUUGCUGAGUGAGAGACUGACGUGGCUGGAGCACCAAAAUAACAUCAUUGCCUUCUACUCCCAGCUGCAGCAACUGGAGCAGACAGCAAUUACUGCUGAAAACUGGCUGAAAGCACAACCUACACCAGCAGCAGAUCCUGCUACAGUAAAAAUACAGUUGGAAAAGUGCAAGGAUGAAGUCUCCCGGUUGUCAGCCCUUCAGCCUAAAAUUGUGCAGCUAAAGCUUCAAAGUAAAGCACUGAAAGAAAAAGAGCAAGGACCAAUGUUCCUUGAUGCAGACCUUGUAGCUUUUACUAACCACUUCAAACAAGUUUUUGCUGAUGUACAGGCCAGAGAGAAACAACUACAGACCAAUUUUGACAGUUUGCCUCCUGCACGUUAUAAGGAGACAAUGAACACUAUCCUUUUGUGGAUCCAGCAGUCAGAGACCAAACUCUCCAUACCUCAGGUUAUUGUCACUGGUUAUGAGAUCAUGGAGCAGAGACUCAGGGAACUAAAGGCUUUGCAAAGUUCUCUACAGGAGCAACAAAAUGGCCUAAACUAUCUUAGCACAACUGUGGAAGAGAUGUCCAGGAAAGCCCCUGCAGAGGUCAGCCAGAAAUAUCGAUCUGAAAUUGAGGGGAUCCUUAGCCGCUGGAAGAAGUUAUCAGCUCAGCUGGUAGACUGUUGCCAAAAACUUGAGGACCUGAUGACUAAGUUCCAGCAAUUUCAGAAUGACACUAAAACCCUGAAGAAAUGGAUGGGUGAAGUGGAUGCUUUUCUGAAGGAAGAGUGGCCUGCCCUCGGUGACUCAGAAGCACUGGAAAAACAGCUUGAACAAUGUACAGCCUUAGUAAAUGAUAUCCAGACAAUCCAGCCCAGUUUGAACAGUAUUAAUGAGGUUGGGAAGAAAAUGAAGAAUGAAGCAGAGCCAGAAUUUGCUUCCAGAAUACAGACAGAACUAAAAGAACUCAAUGCUCAAUGGGAACACGUUUGCCAACAGGCCUAUGCUAAGAAGGCAGCACUAAAAGGUGGUUUGGAUAAGACCGUUAGUCUUCGAAAGGAUUUGUCAGAGAUGCAUGAAUGGAUAACACAAGCUGAAGAAGAAUACCUGGAGAGGGAUUUUGAGUAUAAAACACCCGAUGAAUUACAGAAAGCAGUUGAGGAACUGAAGAGAGCAAAAGAGGAGGCCAGACAGAAAGAGGUGAAGGUGAAGCUACUCACAGACUCUGUGAAUAAUUUUAUAGCAAGAGCUCCACCUGCAGCUCACGAAGCCUUAGAAAAGGAACUUGACAUAUUAAUUACAAACUACCAGCGGCUCUGCAGCAGGCUAAAUGGAAAGUGCAAAACUCUGGAGGAGAUAUGGUCAUGUUGGCGUGAGUUAUUGUCCUACUUGGAUGCAGAAGAUAAAUGGUUGAAUGAGAUGGAGCUGAAACUCAAGGCAACUGAAAAUAUCCAAGGAGGUGCAGAAGAGAUCUCAGAGGCAUUAGAUUCUUUGGAAAGUUUAAUGCAACAUCCAGAAGAUAACCGCAAUCAGAUUCGGGAGCUGGCACAGACUUUAACUGAUGGUGGAGUCUUGGAUGAAUUGAUCAGUGAAAAACUGGAGAAAUUCAGUACUCGAUGGGAAGAGCUGCAACAGGAGGCUGUGAGAAGACAAAAGGUUCUUGAACAGAGUAUCCAGUCGGCCCAGGAAAUUGACAAAACCCUUCGCUUGAUCCAGGAGUCUCUUGCCUUCAUUGACAGACAAUUAACAGCCUACAUUGCAGAGAGAGUUGAUGCUGCACAAGUCCCUCAGGAAGCACAAAAAAUACAAUCUGAUUUGACAAGCCAUGAGAUCAGUUUGGAAGAAAUGAAAAAACGAAGCCAGGGUAAGGAUGCUGCCAAAAGAGUUUUCUCCCAAAUUGAUGUUGCACAGAAAAAACUACAAGAUGUCUCCAUGAAGUUCCGCUUGUUCCAGAAGCCAGCCAAUUUUGAGCAGCGUCUACAGGAAUGUAAAAGAAUUUUAGAUGAAGUAAAAUUGCAGGUGCCCAAGCUGGAGAUGAAGAGCGUAGAGCAGGAGGUAGUGCAGUCACAGUUGGAUCAUUGCAUGGUAU